ACGCGCAUUCCUUGGGAUCAGAAGGAAGAGUUGUCAACGGGAACUGGCGAGACACUUCUGACGUUUAAGAUGGAAGUCUUCCAAGAGAGUUGUUGUUCCCUAAGAAAUAGAUCUCUUUGGGAAUCAGCACAGAAAGAUGAGCUUAGUGAUUCCUUCGGAAAAGCACUUACAACAAAGCCAGAAUGUUUAGCUGUGAGAGAAACCCCUGAGAACUUUAGAAGAAAUAUGUGCUUACUAAGAAAUCAUACGAGAUUACUUGGACCUUACCACGUUCCCUCCCCUCUCUUAGUAUGGGUCAUGCUCCGUAUAAGCGAAUCGCUUCAAAAGGAUUUGUCUCCAAUCUCUUUAAAGGCACUAUUAACUCUUCGGUCUUCACUUGGAAUCUGUGCACUAGGAGUGCGUUACAAUUGUUCUUUGAAUACUGUGGCGCGCCUUUCAGGUGCUAGUUUCCGGGUGAGGGCAAACCUUCAAUCAAGUGUGUCCAAGAAAUGGACUAGAUUGAGGACAAUAUAUUCUAAACCCCCGUCAUCGUCUCAACUACCUUUAGAGUGCCUAAACGACUUCAAUUGCCUCCUCGGGAUGUCCGUCUUUGAAGGGGAGGCAGCUAUGAAUGAGUAUACUUUCUAUCGUAACUGGGUGGAAUCCUGGUUACAGCACAUCCAUCCUUCUCUUUCAAAGUUAUUUGAGAUUGAGAUAUGUGCCCACUCUUGGAAGCGUUCGACUUUCGACCAACAGGUCUUUAAGUUUGGCCUUCUAUGGGAGUGUGUGGAUAUUGCUCGCUCUAGAACAGUUUAUUGGCAAUGUGCUUUAGGCACAGGUCAUAUACAGGCGUUCCUCGGCGUUCCUCGGAGGCAACAAGCCCCUUUACCGAUGACAGUUGUACCAACAGCUGUUUAUCAAGGAUGA